CCAUCACUCGUCAGUGUUUGGAUGCUGGUGGAGAGAACUCGUUCUGGUUGCUCCGGCAGCUUCCACAGGUUUCACUCUGCAGAAUGGACAACACUUCACAGGCCAACGGCCUCAAUGACACCAUCAACUACCACUCUGACUACGGCAACGACUCUGACUUCAGCAACUUCGGCAACGGAUCCAGCUUCAGCAACACUCCUUGUUUUAAUCCCUUCGGUCGUUACAGUUCUUGUGAAGUUGGAAUCAUCCAGUUUGUGGUGACGUGCUUUCUCAUCUGUGUCGGCCUUCCUCUGACCUUCGGGGCCAUCUAUGGUCUCUAUUCUCAGGUGAGAAAUGGUGAAGUUGCUCCGAUCUACGUCAUCAACCUUCUCAUCUCUGACCUCGUUCAGUUCUGCUGCAUGAUCGAGGAGGUUGCACAGGCAACUGGGCAGGAGGUGUCCCAGUCUGAAUGGAACAUGAGCAUGGUCUUCUGGUAUAUUUUCAACUACAGUCUGUUGGCCAGUGUUGGCUUCAUGGUGUGCAUCGCUCUGGAACGGUAUCUGUUCAUCGUCCACCCACUGUGGUACCGCUUCAGACGAACCAUCAGGACCUCUGUGCUGGUCUGUGUCCUGGUCUGGAUCCUCCCUGCUGCCGUCUACCUCACUCAGCUUUUCCCUGGAAUCACCUUCUCCGUCAUCGCCUGCAUCUUCUUCCUCCUUCCUCUCCCGCUGCUCAUAUUCUUCCUGGUUGCGACCCUCAGAGCGCUGUAUGCUUCCAUCUCCGUCCCGACAGACGAAAAACGACGUAUUGCAGGAAUGUUGAUCCUGGUGCUGCUGAUUUACUUGCUGUUUUUCCUGCCCACCAUCAUUCUGAUAGUGUUUCAGUCCGUUGACUUUCACAACCCAGCUCUCUCCGACCUGGCUCCUUUGUUCUUUAAGCUGAGUCCUCUUGCUGACUUAGUUCUGUACAUUUUAAUGAGGAGAGGGACCAUGCGCCAGCUUUUGGCCUGUGUGUGUCGCUGCAGAACCGACAGCAAUGAAAUCAGCUCUGUAACUGUGAAUGAAGACACAGAGUGA